AUGUCACAUGAAUUUAUUUCACCAUUCGACGAUGCUUUUAUGGCAAAAGAAGAACUUGAAUUUGAUUUUCGACGUGAAGGUUUAUUUGGAAGAAAUCUUAUUUUAAUCACAAGUCGAAUUCUUAAUUAUACUAUACAUCCUCUCAAUGGUGAACUAAUCACACAUUACACGAUUCAACCAAUGAAUGUAGAAUAUUUACAUAGUUUUGUUAAAAAUUGGUGUUUACAUGUACAAGAUGAAAUAAUUCAUUUAUUCAAUCGAUAUAUACUCGAUUUUAAAGAGAAUAAAAUUAAAUAUCAGUCGAAUUUAAAAGCAAAAAAUCUUAUUUCAAAAAUCGAGACAAAUGAAAAACUACGAUCACUGGCAUCAAAUCCAUCUGUUCUGUCAAUCAUCUGUACAUUAUUCGCUCGGCAUGGCGUUGACACUUUUGAAACAACUCGAGUGCAACUGUACAAAAAAGUUGUAGAAUUAAUGCUGCAAAGAUGGCAAUAUCAUCAAUUAAAUAUUCCUAAAGAUGCAUUAAUAUCGAUCUUUUCAAACAUGGCCUUUUAUAUUCAUUCUCACUCAGGAUCUGGUCUCAUUGACGAAUUUGAUUUAAAUCAUCUAUGUUAUUUAUCACUUAAGCUAUGGUAUGAUAAAAAUUCAAACGUACGUGAAAGUCCAACAAUGCCACGAUGGAUCACAUCAAUUACUUGUGAAAUUAUUUGGAGACAAUAUGGUCUAUACAACGAAGAAGUUGAUGUUUAUGUCGAUCGAAUCUUAAUGACAAUUGGUACGAUAGAUUAUGAUCGUUUACCUAAACAUCCAGGCAGUAUGCGAGCGUAUCUACUUUCACAAUCCUUUCCAACAACAGAAAUUCAUGCAUCUAUAUUAACUGCUAUUGUCGCUUUGUACGGAGGUCUCGAGCUAAAUCAUUCAAAAAGAAAACGACAAAUAUCAGUCAUCUUUGCAGCUCGUCGUAUGCAUCGUGAUUCGCCUCUUUCCCCAUAUUUUAUUGAAUAUAUGGGGGACACAAUUACAGAACGAACACUGAAAUUGAAACGUUUAAUUGAUCAAUAACGUCAGUCAAACGAACUUCUUAUCGAUACUCUUCAAUCAUCGUUAUCGUUAACACGACGUUGUGCUGCUGCUAAAUUACUUGUGCACUUAACGGUUGUUGAUCAAGUAUCUGUCAUCGAAGUACAAAACUUACUGAGUGCAGCCAUUGACGAUCCAUGUUCGCAACAAUUUCUGAACUUAGAUUAUCAAGGCAUCAGAGCUGAUUGGAAGUUGAGAGAUUUGCUCAUUCAACUUAUGGUCAAACCAUCAAAUAGACUGCACUGUGAAGUAGCUAUUGAUAUGAUCAACGAAAAUUCAUCUAAUUCGGUUCCAGCAGCAGUUUUUCAAGCAAACUAA